GGGUAUCCAGGCCCUCUGGGGCAGCAGGGCCCUCAGGGCCCCCCCGGCUUCCCGGGCCCCCAGGGGCCUCCAGGAGAAAAGGCCCAGAGAGGAGACGAGGGGCCAAUCGGAGCCGCCGGGCUGAAAGGAGACUCGGGAAAUUUCGGCGUUCCUGGUUUUCCCGGUUUAGAAGGAGUCCCGGGUCACCCGGGUCCAGCUGGAGGUCCAGGGUUUCCAGGUCUGGACGGGUGUAACGGAACCAGAGGAGAGAGAGGAGAUCCUGGGAUUUCUGGACAACAAGGAACUUAUGGAGAACCGGGUUUCUCAGGACUGAAGGGAUUUCCAGGAGAUCCCGCCGUCUACUACAUACAGUAUCCAGGAAUAUCUGGCGACGUCGGGCCCAGUGGAUUUACUGCUUUGUCGGGCGAGCCGGGCCUCUCCGGUCUGACUGGAGUUCUGGGUCCUGCAGGACCGGACGGGACCAACGGUCUCCCUGGUCUGCCCGGCUUCAGGGGUUCACCUGGAGAAAAAGGUCGAUCUCUGCCGGGACAGAAAGGAGACGAGGGGGAUCAGGGCCUCCAAGGACCUCCGGGACCGUUUGAGUACGUCGACCCUCCAGAAGACCUCUACCUUAAAGGAGAAAAGGGGGAUCCGGGGCCUAAAGGCAUCUGUGCAGUAACAGGACUGCCGGGUCUGGAUGCACUUCCAGGGAUCUUAGGAGAGAAGGGGAUUGUGGGAUUUCCUGGACCCAGGGGGUUUUAUGGUAACCUUGGUGUGCCCGGAGAGAGCGGAUUCAAGGGGACGCGGGGAAUCCCAGGUCUCCCAGGUCUGAUUGGACGGGAAGGUCCUAAGGGUUUGACGGGAGAUCCCGGUCCUAAAGGCGUCCCUCAGGAUGUAGAGGUCACACACACAGGUGACAAUGGAGACCCCGGGGCCCUCGGACCCAGGGGCCCCCCAGGAGACAUCGGGCUGAUGGGGAUGCACGGCCCCCCCGGAGCACCCGGAAGAUCAUUAUCUGGUCCCAGGGGUGUUGUGGGUGAGAGGGGGUCUCUAGGAUCCAGGGGGGACCGAGGAGACCCGGGUCUGGUUUAUAAAGAUCAACUCACACCGGGAGAACCAGGAAAACCAGGACGGCUCGGACCACAAGGACUGAAAGGAGAACAGGGGACACCAGGUACUUACUGUUUUGAAGGAGCUCCAGGAGAGUCUGGAGAUCCUGGUGAUCAGGGGCCACAAGGGUCCCAGGGCUUCCAAGGGUUUAAAGGUAGUUCUGGAGGCUGUGAUUGUGGCCCCCCCAUUGUGAUGAAGGGCCUCCCUGGACCGGAGGGUGAUCGGGGGUCUCCAGGAUAUUCAGGAACAUCAGGGGCCCCGGGGCUGAGAGGAGAGAAAGGUUUACCUGGAGACACAGGAGUACGCGGAGAACAGGGUUUGGGGGGAUUUCCAGGUGUCGUAGGGUUCAAAGGUCAGAAGGGAUAUUUCAUUGUGGUAGAUUUUAAAGGUGAGAAAGGGAACCUGGGCCAGCAGGGCCUUCCAGGCAGACAAGGGUUUUCAGGGAGGAGAGGCCUCGAUGGACUCCCAGGGGCCUCCGGAGACCCCGGCCCCCAGGGGGAAGGUUUCCCCAGUUCUCCUGGAGACAGAGGCCACAAUGGUUACCCGGGAACAAAAGGGUCACCAGGACCUUCAGGGCCCCCGGGGCGAGAUGUAGUCGGAGCAGUAGGACAGCGAGGGCCCCCUGGAGACUCAGGACCACAAGGACUCCCUGGCCCCCCGGGGCCGACGGGGGUUCAAGGUGACACUCUGCCCUGUGUACCCAGAAACCCUGGCGCCCCCGGAGAGAAAGGAGACACUGGAAAUGCAGGGUACCCAGGUUUCUCGGGUCCUCCAGGUUUUCGUGGCAUCACCGGACCUGAUGGAGCUAAAGGAGACAAAGGACAGUUUGGACUGUCUGGUCCACCUGGACGACGAGGACCCCCAGGUGUUGUUGGAGACCCCGGAGACGAAGGCCGAGAAGGCGUCAGUUAUGAUGGAGAUCCAGGCUCUCCGGGGGUCCCAGGCUCUUCUGGGCUCAGCGGGUCAGCAGGAGAUUCUGCUGUCGGGCCCUCAGGACCAAUCGGAUUCCCGGGGCCUUUGGGCUCUCAGGGGCCCAAAGGAGUGCCCGGACCCCCCGGCACCAACGGACUACCAGGAGUCCUGGGUCUGGCUGGAGGUCCUGGAGUUCAGGGCCAGAGAGGACAGGAUGGGUCUCCUGGUGUCCCCGGCCCUCGGGGGCCCACAUCUACCCGCUGUGAGGCAGGAACACCUGGGCCAGUGGGCCUCUUUGGCCCUCAGGGACCCAUAGGACCCCCAGGGUUUCUGGGGGAGAAAGGAGAGUUCGGGGAGGUUGGCCCCCCAGGUUUGGGCCCUCAGGGUCCUAAAGGGAAAUCAGGAAGUCCAGGUCUCCCAGGUUACCCGGGGCCUCAGGGACCCUCUGGCCUCAGUGGAGACUCCGGCUUCCCGGGGCCAGAUGGAGAGAAAGGUGUGAUUGGACCCCGGGGCCAGGAUGGAGAGCUGGGGGCCCCUGGACAGACCGGGGCCCUCGGAUACCCAGGGAUAAAGGGAGAGAGAGGGUUAAACGGAGUAGACGGCGGUUUAGGAUGCGAGGGAACCAAAGGAGAGAUAGGCUGUAAAGGGUUCCCGGGGCCUCAAGGAGAGACAAAUGGUGUCCCUAUCAAAGGGCAGCGAGGAGAAGAAGGAGCGCCCGGAUACCCCGGCUUCCCUGGACCACGAGGUUAAAGAAAACUUCCUCUACUUACUUACUCAGAGCGUACAAACUAACUCUACUAACUGAGAGAGUACAAACUAUCUCUACUGACUGAGAGAGUACAAA